GUUGCUUCUUUUGCUAGAAAAGUGAGCUGUCGAAUGAACCUGAAGCGCAUGUUUAGCUAGCUCUAAAUUACAACUUUCAGUGUCUUGUUGCACUGUAGCAACAACUAACUUAAAUGUUUGUUUUGGAACUAAGUAGCUUAGGUCAGUCGUACGAAACGCAGUGGAAAUGGUUGUGUUAGAUUUGCUCUAAACUAGUAGUAGUAGUAGUUCCUUGUAAAAUUUUCGUGAGUGAGAACUGCAGGUGCUGCAUCUGAGUAGCAACAAUCAAUAGAGUCAUUCAUUGUGUUUGAUUUGGUAGUAACUUAACGGAUCGCUAGCUUUAUUUGCUCCUGGAAAUUAUUCGUUUCCAUUUUGUGUAUGAAGCACAAUGAAUUUGCAUGAUCGACGGAUGUUCUCAUGAGCCUAUGGUGAGAUACAGGUCGAGGCUUUUUCGUUGUACUUCCGUGUUGGCGUAGCCGGUGUUGUGUCUCCGCUCUUUGAGAAUGUCGCUCCGUGCUCCUACGUGCCAGUUCUGAGAGGAGACCGAAGUUCCGGAGCGGAGCGGGACCCGGGCCGGACACAAAAACACCCCGAAGGGGGGGGCUUCGGGAAGGGGGGGGGGGGGAAACGGAGUGAACAGACACCCCCCUGAGUCAGUGGGCCUUCGCGGGGUCCUCAGAGAACACCACCCCCCUCCGACCCCAGAGAGAGACUUCGGGCUUAAAGUGAACACACACGGCGACGGACAUCGCGGAGCUCGGGACGGGAGUCGGAGCCCAGGCGACGGAAAAUGGCGACAGCCGGUCCGGCGGAUCCAGGACCCGCGGCUCCCACAGGGCUCAGUGGAGCUCAUAAGGGUCCUUCCUCAGAGAUGCCAGGCAGCUCUCAGAGCAUGAAGAAGACGAUUGGUCACAGAGGGGUUGACCCCACAGGGGAAACCACCUACAAGAAGACCACCUCCAGCGCCCUAAAGGGUGCAAUCCAGCUGGGCAUCACACACACUGUGGGCAGCCUAAGCCAGAAGGCAGAGAGAGAUGUGCUCAUGCAAGACUUUGUGGUGGUAGAAAGCAUCUUCUUCCCUGGUGAGGGCAGUAAUUUGACACCGGCGCACCAUUACAGUGACUUCAGGUUCAAGACGUACGCCCCUAUUGCUUUCCGCUACUUCCGAGAGCUCUUUGGAAUCCGUCCGGAUGACUAUCUGUAUUCCCUGUGUAAUGAGCCUCUUAUUGAGCUGUCAAAUUCUGGUGCUAGCGGCUCCUUGUUCUACGUCACCAGUGAUGAUGAGUUCAUCAUCAAGACUGUGCAGCAUAAGGAGGCAGAGUUCCUUCAGAAAUUGUUACCUGGAUACUUUAUGAACCUGAACCAGAACAAACGCACUUUGCUUCCUAAGUUUUAUGGGCUGUACUGCGUGCAAGCUGGGGGCAAGAAUAUCCGCAUUGUGGUGAUGAACAACCUGCUGCCCCGUGCUGUGCAAAUGCAUUUCAAGUAUGACCUUAAGGGCUCCACCUACAAGCGGCGUGCCUCACCCAAGGAGCGUGAAAAGGCUUUUCCCACUUUCAAGGACCUGGAUUUCAUCCAGGACAUGCCAGAUGGGCUGCUGCUGGAAGCAGAAAACUACAAUGCCCUGAGCAAGACCAUUCAGAGGGACUGUUUGCUUCUGCAAAGUUUCAAGAUCAUGGACUACAGCCUGCUGGUGGGGAUCCAUAAUGUGGACCAAGCAUGUCGGGAGCGCGCCGGUGAGGGUAUGGCUGCUGAAGGGGCAGUCACCCCUGAUCAGAGAAGGCCUCAGGGCCAGAAGGCGUUGUAUUCCACUGCCAUGGAGUCUAUUCAGGGGGAGGCACGUGGCAGAGGGGCACAGGAGUCUGAGGACCACAUGGGUGGGAUUCCAGCACGCAGCGUCAAGGGGGAGAGAUUGCUCAUCUACAUUGGCAUCAUUGACAUUCUGCAGUCAUACAGGUUUGCUAAGAAGCUGGAGCACUCAUGGAAAGCACUAGUUCAUGAUGGGGACACAGUGUCAGUGCACAGACCAGGCUUUUAUGCAGAGAGGUUUCAACGCUUUAUGUGUAACACUGUUUUCAAGAAGAUCCCAUUAAAGCCAUCGCCGUCAAAGAAGAGUCGAAGUGGGGGGCAGGCAGCACUGCGGAGGGCACCAACAGCAGCUGGGGGGUCUGCCACCCAAUCCCAAGGGCUUGCAGGUCCCGGGGUAGAGAGCCGGCUGAUGUAUCGUCCCCACUUUGGUCAGAUGGAGUCAGAGGGUGAGAGUGGUAUGCAGUCUGGUCGUCCUGAUCUACUCCCAAAAACACCCCCCAUGGAUGGUGUCACAACUCUCUCCAGUUCAUCACUCAGCAGCACAGGUGUUGCUGCAACCUCCCCUCCCCUCAGGUCAGUUGGAGUUGAGGUACACAAGGCAGCCAGCACAGACCAGGAUGACAACACACUGCACAGAGCUGAAGCUGCAAUCUCAGAGGAGCACUUAAGCAGUGAAGAUGCCAUUUCACUGAAAGACAUUGUCCCAGAGACCAACAUCUGGCACAGCUUUUCCAAGAUGGUGCUUGAGAGUACUAUGGUCUGUGUGGACAACAGUGAGUACAUGCGCAAUGGUGACUUCUUACCUACAAGACUACAAGCCCAGCAGGAUGCUGUCAACAUCGUCUGUCACUCCAAGACCCGCAGCAACCCUGAGAACAACGUAGGCCUUAUUACACUGGCCAAUAACUGUGAGGUGCUAACUACACUGACCCCUGACACGGGCCGGAUCCUCUCCAAGCUGCAUGCCGUCCAGCCACGAGGCACCAUUAGCUUUUGCACUGGCAUUAGAGUGGCCCAUCUGGCUCUGAAACAUAGGCAGGGGAAAAACCACAAGAUGCGGAUCAUUGCGUUUGUGGGCAGCCCAAUGGAUGACAGUGAGAAGGAUCUUGUCAAAAUGGCCAGAAGGCUAAAGAAAGAAAAGGUUAAUGUGGAUGUGAUUAACUUUGGUGAAGAGGAGAUCAACACAGAGAAGCUCACUGCCUUCAUCAACACCCUGAAUGGAAAGGAUGGCACAGGCUCCCACUUAGUGACGGUUCCUCCAGGCCCCAGCUUGGCAGACGCUUUGCUGACUUCCCCCAUCCUGGCUGGAGAGGGUGGUGCCAUGCUGGGCCUUGGCACUAGUGACUUUGAGUUUGGAGUGGAUCCUAGUGCAGAUCCAGAGCUUGCACUAGCCCUGCGUGUGUCCAUGGAGGAACAGAGGCAGAGGCAGGAGGAGGAAGCUCGUAGGACAGCUGCUGCCUCAGUUGUAGAGUCUGGCAUCUCUGCUCCCUCUGGAGAUGACCAAGAUGAGCCACUGCUGAAGAUGUCUAUGUCACAGCCAGAGGUUGAUGCCUCUAUGCUCCCUGACUUUAGCAGCAUGACUGAGGAAGAGCAAAUUGCUUAUGCAAUGCAAAUGUCCCUGCAGGGUGCCGAGUAUAGUGGGACAGAAUCUAUAGAUUUGGAUAGAGGAGCUCCUAUGGAUACUGGUGAAGCAGUCAAGGAGGAGGAUGACUAUGAUGUGAUGCAGGACCCCGAGUUCUUGCAGAGCGUUCUGGAGAACCUGCCAGGUGUGGAUCCCAACAAUGAGGCCAUCCGCAAUGCUAUGGGCUCUCUAGCCGCACAGACAGGUUCCAAGCCACCAGAGAGCAAGAAAGAUGAAGAGAAGAAAAAAUAAGUCCUCAGCCAUAUUUAAUAAGACAGUGUGAUUUACGUCCAAUGGACACUUAUGGAAAAAGAUUAAAAUUGAAUUUACCAGUGACUACAAGUGAAGAUGCAAUGAUAUUUAAAAAAGCAUGAACCAUGCAUCUGUUAUACUAAAUGUUGUGUGUAUACCCAUGCUGGUCAAGCUGUAAAUACUGAUUAUCUUGAGACACAGUGCUUACUGAGUGUAUGCGAAUUGGUUUUCUAUAUUAAUUUUCCUGUGGUCCUUAAAAUUAAUGCUGUUGUGUUUUUCAUUGUCUCUUUUUUUCUGUCACGU